UUUCAGACAACAUCGAACGACACUUCGUUAGGGGUAGUGGAAGAUCUUCAAAAACAAGAUGCAGUCACGAUGAUGUCGAUUUUAUUAGUGGGUGUAUUCCUGUCGCUACUGAUCUUCCUGUCGGUAGCCGGAAACAUCCUCGUUUGUGUGGCCAUUUACACGGACAGAGGUUUGCGGCGAAUAGGUAACCUAUUCUUGGCGUCACUCGCCAUUGCAGACCUCUUUGUCGCAUCACUCGUAAUGACGUUCGCCGGUGUCAACGACCUCCUAGGUUAUUGGAUAUUCGGCGCCCAAUUUUGUGAUACUUGGGUAGCUUUUGAUGUCAUGUGCUCAACCGCUAGUAUUCUCAACUUGUGUGCCAUUUCACUCGACAGAUACAUUCACAUAAAGGAUCCACUCAGAUAUGGUCGUUGGGUUACAAGAAGAGUAGCCGUUGGUACAAUCGCAACAAUAUGGCUUCUGGCCGGUCUUAUUUCAUUCGUCCCAAUCUCUCUUGGAUUACACAGACCGCCGGAUCCUCCGCCAAUUUACAAUGCUGGAGGUCAAAACUAUUCAACGUGCGCCUUGGAUUUAACACCGACAUACGCCGUUGUGUCUAGUUGUAUUUCAUUUUACGUCCCGUGCAUAGUCAUGAUCGGUAAGUUAAAAUCAACAAUCAAUUUAAACAAGUAUGGUUGUGUAAAUAAACGGGUGUUACAAGAUUUCGAAUCGAUACGUAGGCACAGCUGCUGAAACUAAUUCUCUAAGAUUAAGUUGAGUAACGUUGAUG